AGUCUGGUAGCUCGACAACAUCACUUUCAGACUAUGGAUUUCAGUCAUUGCAGAAGUACUUGCAUUCAGACUUCUCAAAACCUCACCCUCUACUCCUGGAAUAGGAACUCUAGCUAGCACUUCGGUGUUCUACACAAGACCAGCUGCAACAAGCACCUUUUUGUGGCCAAUGGAGGGGUACCGUCACCCCUAUGGUUGCACAGUGGUGGUACCUCUAUGGUUACACAGUGGUUGCAACAUCAACCAAUGGGCGUGCUUACCGACGAUGUGCAGAACUGCAAGCCAACAUCAUUGAAAAAGUUCCUGAUAAAUACAGAGAGGAAGCGCUUCUCAGCCCAAAACGUCAGUCUUCUUUUCUACCGUAGCUGGCUACGGCAGUAUGGUACUGACAACAAGGAUGACCAUUUGAGGACCCCUAAUAAGUGUCAAUUGUCCUGUCAACAUUGUGUGGUUUAGAUGUCACCAUUCUGGUAAACUCCGGAAAUGACCCAGAACUUUCAUCACAACUUGGAAAGACGAUAACGCGAUAACGGCGUUUGGUCCACGGUACUUGCCAGCUACUAGUACUACUGGAGCCAAAAGGGGAGGCCAGAUUCUUGGCAACUGCAACUUUGCGCUGACAUUGUCAAUUACCACAAACACAACGCCAUGAACACUGCCGACACGAUGAGUAGUAGUGCGUUGUUUGAUCCCCUCACUACUAGCGGUAUCAGCAAUUCCGACAAGGAUGUGGAGCGUUCCGGCCUGGCAUCGAUCGAAGAGUCUGCUGGUUGGCACCGCAAGGUCAAAUCCAAGUUGGCGUCAUGGGAUCCUGAAAACGAAGAACAAUGGGAGAAUGGUUUUGGAGGUCACAUUGCCACACGCAAUCUGUUGAUAAGCAUUCCCAACAUUAGCGUGGCAUUUGCUGUGUGGGUGAUUUGGACGAUCGUCUCGAAAUCCAUUCUGGAAGUUCACAAGGCCGAUCCCACCCUGUACGCGUUUGAGGAUUGGGGGUCUCCCCAAGAUGACGAGUACAAGAGACUCGUGUCCUUGUUGCCCUCUGUCGCGGGACUCUCGGGAGCCACACUUCGCGUCUCCAAUACCUUCAUGACACACAUUGUUGGUGGAAAAAUUCCCAAUGCACAAAACUCCAUUUUGCUCAUGUUGCCCACCAUUAUGAUUGCCUGGGCCUUGAAUUCCACCGACACGUCCUUUUCUGUACUCCUCCUGGCGGCAUGGCUCACGGGAGUGGGAGGGGGAGCCUUUUCCUCAUCCAACAAUAACAUUUCCACAUUGUUCCCCAAAAGCCAACAGGGAUAUGCCUUGGGAUUCAAUGCGGGAAUUGGAAACUUCGGAGUCUCGCUCACGCAGCUAUUUGUGCCACUCUGCAUUGGUACUUCCUUUGGCAAUCAACCCUUGGCGCCCGACCUGGAAGUAUGGCCCAAUCAUGCUGGUUGGGUCUGGUGGCCAGUCGCUCUUCUCGCAGCCAUUGGGGCUUACAUCUGGAUGUCUGACCUACCAGAGCACGGAAAUCACAAUGGAAAUGAUGAGCUCUGGAAUACCAUCUACUUUUACUGCAUGCACAUCCAAGGAUUGCUAGGGGGGGCUUUGGGGGUCCUCUUUCUCAUCGCCACCCGAAACACAUCCUUUUUUCAUAUAUCCGAAGAAGUUCAAAUCGCUCACAAGUUCUUGGCGGUUUUAUUGACAUGUGUGGUAGAGCAUUUGAUCCUCUGGUAUGUCAGUCCACCUGUUGUGAGAGAGGGCGUUCGCAAGCAAGGAGAAAUGUUCCGCGACAAGCACACUUGGAUCAUGACCUUUAUCUACAUCAUGUCAUUUUCCUGUUUCAUCGGAUACGCCGCGGUGUUCCCCAAACUCAUCGAUUUUGCCUACGGAAAAUCGCAGGAAUGGGGAUGCACCGAUCAACAUGGCGUCUUUACCGUGGGGGGAGCCGAAGAUGACUGUUUGGACUACGGUGGAACAUGGACCAAGGAAGCCAUUGACAAUCCGGAUGCACCCAAUCCAUUCUCCUAUGCAUGGAUUGGUGCGGGGGUGGGAUCCCUCAUUCGUCCGGUGGGAGGCAUGGCGGCCGAUGCCUGGGGUGGCGCCAAUUGCACCAUGGUCCUCACUCUGUGGCUUGCGGCAGUCAGCAUGUGGCUCGGAUCUCUCCUAAAAAAGACCAUUUCUCUGGAUCAUCCAGAGGACACAUUUGCGUUGUUUGUCUUCCUCUCGUUGAAUGUGUUUCUUUCUGCCGGUGGAAUCAACGGAACCAGUUUUCGAACCAUUGGUGUACUUUAUGAUACCAAGCUCGCGGGACCGGUCUUGGGAUGGAGCAGCGCCAUGGGGAGUUAUGGAGCUUACAUCUUCCCAGAGCUAUUUGACAUUGCCAUUGAAUCCAACAGUCCCGAGAAAACAUUCUAUGGCCUGGCAAGCUACUAUUUGGUAUGUGCGGGGCUAAAUUGGUGGUACUAUGUGCGACCAGGAGCCGAACGUCGAGGUGUUUAGGAGGGAGGGGCUUUUUCUGAAAAUGAGUGAUUUUUCUGAAAAUGAAUGAUAGCAAAAUGGAGGGAAAUGGUGCCUCAAUGGAGUUCUUGUAGAUAUUCUAACACCCUGAACUAGUACAGUAUAUAUUAUCCACUC